AUGAGGGCGACAUCGAUAGCCACAACCUCGCUGCGGCUGGCUUCGUCGAGCUCGCGCACAUUCUCGCUGCGUUCGCAGGGCGUGCUCGCCUCCCGAGCCACUCUCGCUUCGACAUCAUCCACUACAGCCUCCAACACAACACGCCGACCGCUCUCCACCACACCAACACCAAGAGCAUCUGGCGGCACGCUAGUCAAAGCGACAAUCGCACUGUCACUGGUUGGCAUCACCUCGUACCUCUUUGGCUCGCUGUACCCGCCACAGAUGCUCAAGCUCCUCUUCAAGCCAGCGACACCUGCGCGGUUGAAAUCAGACGGGCCCGAAGCAGAAGCUCACAUGCGCGAAAUCGAAGAAGCUCUGCACGCGCUGCCCAUCAUCGAGCAGCUCAAGCGCACCUCCGUCGCACACGGCUCCGCUGCCGAACUCGAAGUUCUCCGUUCGCAAGGCAAGCAUAUUACGGACCUGGAUCCGUCUACUACCGUUGAGGUUCCCGCGCAUGGCACGAUCCCAGGGGCAAACGUCGCCGUUGCCGGCCCGCCCGUCGAAGGUGGUCCCGCCGACACCCAUCAGUACGUCAUGACACGACCGUAUCUCAAGUACAGUCGGGAGAAGGCGCAGCACAAUCUCACCGCUGGCUCCCUCCGAGGACCGGGCAUGGUCGCCGUCCCCCCACUGGUGUUCACCAAGACGGGCCGGGGCGCGAACGAGCUCGGUGGUAAGGAGGGUGAUAGCACGAUCGUCCUCCAUCUCGGACGAAGUCUGUGUGGUCACGACGGCAUUGUGCACGGAGGCAUGCUGGCUACCGUAUGCGACGAGGCGCUGGCCAGGACAGCCAUGUACAACUUGCCCGGCAAGAUCGGCGUUACAGCGAGAUUGGAGAUCGAUUACAGGAAACCGACCAUGGCGAACCAGUUCAUCGUGCUGCAGACCGAGCUGGUGGAGCAGAAAGGCCGAAAAGCGGUGGUCAAGGGCACCCUGAAGGAUACAGAGGGCCAAUUGCUAUUGGAAUGCAGGGCCAUCUUUGUAGAGCCAAGAUACGCAAAGUACUUUUUGGACGCAAAGGCGAUCAAGCAGGCCAUCGAGGGGUAG